AUGAGCACCCAAUACAGUAUACUGUUCAAGCAGGAACACGCUCAUGACGACGCAAUUUGGACAGCAGCUUGGGGCAAAAGUGAAGCAGACGGAUCCGAGACCAUUGUCACGGGGUCUCUGGACGACCUGGUCAAAGUCUGGAAAUGGAGUGACGAGAAGCUGGAACUGCAGUGGACUCUGGAGGGACAUCAGCUGGGCGUGGUCUCUGUCGACAUCAGCCCAAAUGGAGCCGUUGCUGCCUCCAGCUCUUUAGAUGCUCACAUCCGCCUCUGGGACCUGGACUCAGGAAAACAGAUAAAAUCCAUGGAUGCGGGGCCAGUCGACUCCUGGUCUGUGGCCUUCUCUCCAGACUCGAAACACAUCGCCACCGGCAGCCAUCACGGGAAAGUCAACAUCUUUGGAGUGGAGAGUGGAAAGAAAGAGUAUUCCUUAGACACAAGGGGGAAGUUCAUCCUCAGCAUCGCAUACAGUCCGGAUGGGAAGUAUUUGGCGAGUGGAGCCAUCGAUGGAAUCAUUAACAUUUUUGACAUUGCUACAGGAAAACUGCUCCAUACGUUGGAAGGUCACGCCAUGCCUAUCCGCUCCCUCACCUUCUCCAAAGACUCUCAGCUGCUUGUCACGGCGUCAGACGACGGUUACAUCAAAAUAUACGACGUACAACAUGCAAACUUGGCGGGCACACUGAGUGGACAUGCCUCCUGGGUCCUGAACGUGGCCUUCUCUCCUGACGACACGCACUUCGUCUCCAGCUCGUCUGAUAAAAGUGUGAAAGUGUGGGAUGCCAGCUCCAGAGCCUGCAUUAACACGUUCUUUGACCAUCAAGACCAGGUGUGGAGUGUGAAGUACAACAGCUCAGGUUCAAAGAUAAUCUCUGCAGGAGACGACCGCUCCAUCCACAUCUACGACUGUCCUAUGUGA